AAAACAAGCAAUUCUAGAACACUCUGUUAUCGUCUCCAUAAAACCUCGCCUUCAGCAGCUUUAGGGUUUUAUCUUCUUCACUCUAACAAACCCACUAAAGCUCUCUCCUUUCCUAUCUCCUCCUCCAAAUCCCUCAAAUUCAUAAAAAGAAAUGGCCACAGCUCAGCUCACAGCCUCGUCAAUCUCAGCCAGGAGCUUGGCCUCGUUCGAAGGGCUGAGACCCUCAAAUACCAAGUUCGCGUCAGUGUCACUGGUGAGCCGCCGCUCCUUCCGCGGCCUCGUCGUCAAGGCCGCCACCACCGUCGCUCCCAAGUACACUUCGAUUAAGCCUUUAGGUGAUAGGGUGCUGGUGAAGAUUAACACUGUGGAGGAGAAAAGUACUGGUGGAAUUUUGCUUCCAACUACAGCUCAGACAAAGCCUCAGGGAGGUGAAGUGGUUGCUGUUGGGGAGGGCAAAACCAUUGGCAAAACUAAAGUGGGGAUCAGUGUCCAGACUGGUGCAGAGGUUGUAUAUUCGAAGUAUGCUGGGACAGAGGUGGAGUUCAAUGGGACAAAGCAUCUUAUUUUGAAGGAUGAUGACAUUGUUGGCAUCCUUGAGACAGAUGAUAUCAAGGAUCUUAAACCCCUGAAUGAUAGAGUCCUAAUCAAGGUUGCUGAGGCUGAGCAAAAGACUGCUGGAGGUUUGUUGCUGACAGAGGCAAGCAAGGAGAAACCCUCCAUUGGCGAGGUGAUUGCUGUUGGACCCGGUACUGUUGACGAGGAAGGGAACAAGAAACCAUUAAGCAUCAGCAAGGGGAGCACAGUAUUGUACUCCAAGUAUGCUGGGAAUGACUUCAAGGGCAAAGAUGGUUCUGAAUACAUAGCUUUGAGAGCUUCAGAUGUCAUUGCCAUCCUAUCUUAGUUGUCCAAUUAGAUAUCCCCAGUUUGUAUUUUUGACAUGUCUCGCGGAGUUUCUUCUUAGACGUUGCUGAUUACAUAGCUUUAAGCCUUUAAGGGCUUCAGGUGUCAUUUCUGUACGUUUCAAUGUAAUAACACUGGGAAUAUAACGAUUGCAGUUGUGGCAAAUUUGUUAUGAAAGUGUAUUUUCAUUUGAGUUUCAAUGAAGUUUCUACUUGGACAA